ACACGCGCUCCUGCACAGCACACACAGCAGAGAGACAGCAGCCUGCCGUUACCUCAACAUUUACCUUCCUCUGCUUUGCCGAAAAUUAAAAGUCACAAAGUUUCGGAUUUUUAAGAAGCGCCAUGCCAGGUUUUCAUUUACCCCAAACUCUGACAAACUGACAGAUUUCACAGCGCGUGCCCAGAUUCAAACCGUGUCUGCUAACCAACCGUCGCCUCGCUGAGGAAAACCGAUCUUUUUCGCCGCCAACGCGAUUACGCUGCUCAGCAAAUAGUGGCAAGAAGUCUGAAACCACAUGUGCUCGUCUCCAAACCGGAGAGACGCGGUUUCGUUUGUCUUCAGAGAGGAAAAGAGUUGGCUUUAAGCCGUACUGACAGACACAAGGGAAGGGAGGACGGUCUCGUGAGAACGCUGGAGAAGAGCAUUGGAAAUUCACGCGGUGCGUAAUAUUCACGUUUCUUCUUGGCACUACUGCGCGAACAGUUGAAAUAAACGAGGGGAAAAUGUAGUCAGUGUGGAUGGUUAUCAGUAUAGCCACUUUAGACGCUAACCAUUACCGGCGAAUGGCUCUUUAAACACGGUGAAGGGGGCGGUAGUUGUGGAGGCAAUGCCAAGUUGAAGUGUCUCGACAUUGUCAGUAUUAAUAAACGCUAAAGUGCCCAGGACCGUCUGUGUAACAUUUAUGGGAUCGUGGAUAUUUUAAACAUCCACUGCUAUUAAAAAGUGGAGAGAAAUGCUGAAUGAAGAUGACACAUUGACUGGGAUAUUCACGUAAACCGCAGGCACACGCGCUGUCAGUCACCUGCUCACAAAGGUAAACGCACCUUUACGCUUAAACACAGUUCAAAAUGAUGACCAGCGGACCCAGCAUCGUCUAUGAAUGGCUGAAAACCCUUCAGCUGUGUCAGUAUGUCGAGGCUUUUGUGGAUAACGGGUACGACGACUUGGAAGUUUGCAAACAAAUUGGAGACCCGGACUUGGAUGCCAUCGGUGUGUUCAUUCCGCACCACCGCCAGCGGAUUCACGAUGCCGUGCAAAGGUUAAAAGAUCACGAUAAGGAGACGGCCACUGGGCUUUAUUUCACCCUGGAGCCGAUGCCCCCGGUCUCACCUAUAUUCAGGAGUCGCAUGGCAGAGCAAUGCGAGCCUAGGCUGCGGGGCUCCAGGUCAUGGACUGAGCAGAGCAGUGAUAGAGCGGCGCGCAGCAUGGGGUACAUGGGGGCGUCCAGGAAUCUGACGCUGGGGAACCGCAAGGAGCUGGAAGUUUACCCAAAACUGAAGCUGAAGAUCAUGAUCAGGGAUAAACUCAUUAGGGACGGGAUAAACCUUGCCAAGCAGCCAUACUCUAAUAAGAAAUCAGCUGUGGUCUGUCCCUUGUGGUUGAGGCCGAGAGCAGAUCUGUCCAACCCACACUCAAACACACAGGAUGGCUCUCUGGAUAAUAUAGAUGACCUUGCACAAGAGUACUCGGAGUACUACAACACGCACUUCAGCGACGUCAGCGAUCGGAUGGAAGAACUUCGUAAGCGGCAGGUGUCUCAAGAGCUAGACAUGGAAAAAGCAGAUGCCAGCUUAAACUCUACACAGCUACGCUCAGACAUCCAGGAAUCGUUCGGCAUCAGCAGUGAGGUGUCAACUCCAGAGACUGAGAGAAAAAAUCCUCUGCACAAAUCCAGCUCUGAAGAUGGAUCAGGAAAAUGGGACAACAAGAAGAAAAACAAAUCCUUCUGGCAGAACUUUCGAAAGUCACAAAAAGGGGUCACAAGGCAAACGUCAAAAGGAGAGGACAUUGGCUAUGUGGCCAGUGAGAUCACUAUGAGUGAUGAAGAACGGAUCCAUCUUAUGAUGAUGGUGAAAGAGAAGAUGAUCACAGUGGAAGAGGCGCUGGCACGGUUAAAGGAAUAUGAGAGGAACAGACAGUUGAGCAGCAGUACAGACACAGCAGAUUGGACUGAUGGAUCCAGUCCCGCUGUUAACCUCUCCUCCGUCUGCAAUCCCGUGGAGCAGUCAGAUGAUGAGCAGGAGGACUCUGUGAAAUUCAAGAGGCUUCACAAACUGGUCAACUCGACUCGACGUGUUCGCAAGAAGCUCAUCAAAGUAGAUGACAGCAAAAGACAUGGCUCACAAGAUUCGCUCAGUCUGGAUGCAGCUCCCAUAUGUGAUGACAUAAACGCUUUGUAUGCAGAAAUCCACAAGAAGCCAGCCCAGUGCACAGACUCUUCUUUGUCCUCUCUUGCCCAAGAGCAGCUCUCUCUGGAUGGGGACACGGACAGCCUGACCACCUCACCCUCCACCAGUAGCCUUGACGCCUGGAAUCCUGCUCACAAUUUAGUGAAGACCCCCGGCACACAUCCCCACGGCCUGAUCCGCCCUCCCCGGAAGAGUAGUGCUGGAUCCGGACUGGGUGAAGUAGGUGGUAGUGGCUCAUCUUUCUCCGAGUUGGAGGGUCUGGGAGACGUCAAUGCUAAAGUCUCCUGCUCCGCUACAGACGGAGAGAUGCGGAAGGCCUUGUCAUCUCUAUCACACGGGGUAAGUACUGACAGCGUCUACGCUUUUUACGGCCUGACUAGGCCCCGCCCAAAGCCACACCCUCUCCUGGUGUCUUUAGAAGACAUUAACAACACCAAACGGCCACCGGUUUCCAUGUGGCAGCGCAAUAAGCCUGAUCCAAACUACGCUUACUCCACCAAACACCUGCUCUACCAACGUUCCUGCAACGCUCAGAAAACCAUCACUCCCUCCUGCACCUUGCCCGCUUCCCCUCCCACUCGUGAGCUGCCAUUGGCUAGGGAGAAGGGAAGAUGUGGGGGCGGAGUAGUGGGCAGCUGGCUGUUUCCACCGAGGCGUCUGAAGGGAAGGACGGCAGUUAGUGAGCUCAACAUCACAUAUGUGGUGGAACGCAGCCUGUAUGGCCACUUGAACUGGACCGGACUGGUUAGGCCAGUCACACUGAGCAAAGCAGACAGACGUUGGCUCCUGGAAGACGAAAGAGAUGCGAACAGGAAGUGGGCAUCCAGCAUGGACCGAUGCACCAAGCGUGUGCUCUUACGCAUCCAGCAGAAGUCUAGAACGUGUAGCUUCGGAGGGUUUGACCUGUCUAAUCGUUCCCUCCAUGUGGUCAACACGACCGAGCCUAGUGAGCAGGAGGCUCUGUACAGGGAAGCUGUGAAAUCUCCCGCCACGUCCCGUAUCUCUCUAGGAAAGAAGGUCAAGUCUGUGAAAGAGACUAUGAGGAAACGCAUGUCCAAAAAAUAUGCCGGGUCUCUCUCUGAACAGUCCAGUCCAGAUGGAAUGCCCAGUUGUCCUCAGUCUCCUCAGCCAGACACAGACUCUUUAGAGAAGCCCAAACUCAAGGCAGGAGGGUCUGUAGAGAGUCUGCGCAGCUCCCUCAGCGGGCAGAGCUCUAUGAGUGGACAGACAGUGAGCACCACAGACUCAUCUGCCAGCAACCGAGAGAGUGUGAGGAGUGAGGAUGGUGAUGAUGAAGAGCCUCCGUACAGAGGCCCUUUCUGCGGAAGAGCUAGAGUUCACACUGAUUUCACACCCAGUCCAUAUGAUACAGACUCACUCAAACUUAAGAGAGGUGAUGUGAUUGAUAUCAUCAGUAAGCCGCCCAUGGGCACAUGGAUGGGUCUGCUUAAUAACAAGGUGGGCACAUUUAAGUUCAUCUAUGUGGAAGUGCUGACUGAAGAAGAGGAGAAGCCUAAACGAGCGGUUCGGAGGAGAAGGAAGGGCAGGCCGCCCAAACCCAGCUCUGUCGAGGAGCUUCUGGAGAGAAUCAAUCUGAAGGAGCACAUGCCUACAUUCCUGUUUAACGGGUAUGAGGACCUGGACACAUUUAAGCUACUAGAGGAAGAAGAUCUGGAUGAGCUCAACAUCAAAGAUCCUCAACACCGUGCCGUACUGAUGACCGCUGUAGAACUACUGCAGGAUUACGACAGUAGCAGUGAUCCGGAGCGCAGCGCCCUCUCUGGCUCUCAGGAGAAACUCCUCUGUGAGGGGCGUGGCCUCAUGGCCGACUCCCCACGGGACUCUGGUUGCUACGAAAGCAAUGAAAACCUGGAGAAUGGUAAGAGCCGCAAGGUGUCGCGCCACAGCCAUGGUUCAUCUGGAUUUGAUUGUGGGGGUGUAAAGUCUCCAGACUAUCCCACUCUUCCCAUGACUCACUCCACUGAAGCGCUUCAGCAGCAGGCCAAGAAGGAACGAAAGUUCCCGAAGACCUUUCUGCCCCGGCCAAUAAAGGGCUUCAGCCUGCGAAGCCUCGGCCUCAAGAAGGGCUCCAAAGCAGGACAGACCUCCCGCAUGCUGGUCAGCCGAAGCUGUGAGGAGUUGGACGGACCCCAAGAGACCCCUGAGUCUUGGAAGCGCUCGCAUUCUCUGGGGGAUAUACACUGGGAGCAGAGUGGCAGUGGGGAUAAAGGCAGGCCAGCGAGUAACAAAAAAGAAGCAAAGGCCGAUCCUGUAGAAUCAAAAAUGGACCAGAGUGGCGAUAAGUCUGGAAGAGAGACAGGCUCACUGCAGAGACCUAGGGUUCCCACACAGCUUCCUCUCAGUCCGGACAGUCCAUUGCUUGCUGCUCAGACCUCAAACCACCAACCGGUUUCUGCCCCAACAAGCCCCGCUCCACGGACUUACCCUAAAAAGCCACCUGUCCCACCUCCUGUGCCUGCUAAAAAGUCCAAAGAACGUCUACCGAAUGGUCUGCGCCAUCCUCAGCUAGUGCUGUUUGGAUCAGUGCCAAAUACGCCAACCCUACCCCCAAAACCCAUUUACACCCCAACCACUCCCUCUGAGAGUUCCCCGUCAACCCCAUUAUCCCCAGGUGAAUCUGCGGCAGCUCUGAGUCCACCCUGGCUGUCUGACCUACCUGAAUCAGCAUGUCCUCAGAUCCACGGAGCUAAAGUUGCCCUCAGCAGGAAGAUCUCCCAUGCCAAAAUGACUGACCUGGAGACUCUGCUGGAGGACAGGAUGCACUUGGAAGGCAUUGACCUCACCGAAGAGCCGUACUCUGAUAAACACGGCCGCUGUGGUAUUCCUCAGCUCUUAGUACAGAGGUACUCGGAGGACUUUCAGCAGCCAGUGAAGGACGUUGCGUCCAGUCUGGAUCAGAUCAGAGUUAAACAACUCCGUAAGGAGCACCGCAUGGCUAUUCCCUCAGGAGGUUUGACUGACAUGUGUCGGAAGCCAGUGUCUCCUGUUCACGUGAGCUCUGUGUCUGAUUGGCUUGUGUCGAUUGGGAUGCCCAUGUAUUCUGCCCCUCUACUGGCUGCAGGCUUUGGAACGCUGGAUCAUGUGUCGUCCUUAAACGAGGCGAAAGCAAGGGAAGCGGGCUUGAAGGAGGACCAUCACAUACGUAUUCUUCUCAGUGAAGCCCAGCUAGUCACAGCCAGCUACUCAGGACAGUCAUAAUACUAACAUGAGCUGUAAAAAAAGCUCUAAAUGGAUCACAUUUAGCUGGUGAAGACACAGACUUGGAAAACAGCUACCGAAUUUUCUCCCACCUUUCAGUCUUAUAAUCUCACCUUUUUGGCGUUUUCAGAAAUGACUGCUCUGGCUUCCAAGGACUGUUAUUGUGGGCCUAUCAACAGAUGUUUCCAUAGAAACAUCUAGCUUUGGCCUGAAGCAUCCGCCUGUCGAAAGAAAGCACACUUUUUUGUAUGAAUUUAAAGACUGUUCUGAAACCCCUUUUCAGGAAGUGUGAGAUUUAUUUAGAAAAAAAUAAAAACUGUAAAGGAAAUGUUUUUAGUGCUUAUUGAAGCACAUUGAGUAUCAAAAGUAAGUCACCUGGCCAAAGCAAUGUCAUUUCAUGCAGGUUUGUUAAUAUAAUAUACUUUAUCUCUAAAAGCAUACAGUAUGUAUAUGAAAAGAUGUGUACUCUUGGGUGAGUCAUUCCCAAAAGCACGAUGUUGCCAUAUGGGGAUAUUCAGAGCAAUGCACAUAUUGAUUUUAGGCCAAUAGUUGGUCACGGUUUUAGCAAAUAUGUACUAUGUUUGUACAAAAAAAAAAAAAAAAAGUUUGUUUCAUGUGUUUCUUUCUUCAAGGUUACUUUUAGCAUCACUCCUUAUAAUCCGCUUAAUAUAAUACUGUAUAUUUGCAACACAUUUAAUCUUCCCAGUCUUUUAAACACACAAUAUUCAACACGCAUCACUUACUCGGCUGUUGCGGCAUAUCAAAGUCUAUUACUGUAUCAGUUGUAUCAAUUUAUGUCGCCUGUCAUCUUGAAAAUGAUACUCCUGCAUAUCGUGUACCUCUUAUCGUACUCCGCUCUGAUGCCAGCGAUGCAUCACACAGCUGUAAUAUGCCUGCUGGAGUGAAAUGUGUACAGGUGUUUAUUUGGGUUUUAUUUUUAUUUUGUUUCAGAUUGCCUUGCCCUUAGACUAGGGUGUUGAAGACAUUUUGAAUCGUAGAAAAAGCACACGGUCUUAGCCUUAAAACACAAGAAAAUCAAAACUGAUAGUGACUAACUUAGAGGAGUGUUCUGACACUAGUUACAUUUGCAGACUGGUGCUUUACCCAGGAGAUAAAAGUGUUCAAAAUUGGGAAAA